AUAGGAAAUUAUUAUCUAAAGUGCAUCUGCCAAAGGAAGCUCAACAAAUCGAUCGAGCUAUGGAAGAUUUUGCUAAGCAAUACCAUGCAUGCAAUCCAACGUUGACGGAUACUGCAGAUGCGGUAUAUGCCGUGGCAUUUUCCAUCCUAUUAUUACAUACCGAUGCGCAUAACAAAAAUGUGCGGCAAAAGAUGGCCAAAGACACGUUUGUCCGACGUACCAAGAUCAUCGAAGGAGGCGAAAGUGUUCCCAGCGAAAUUCUGGAUAUUAUGUAUGACAAUAUCGUCUACUCCGAAUUCACGUACGCCGACAACAACACCGAUCCAUUUGGAAACCAUAAACUCGUCUCGGAAAAAUCGUCAUCAUCAUGGUUCACAAAGUUGAAAGGCGACACAGAUCUCAGUAUGCAAAUGCCGAAAAUGGAGCAAUUAAUGCCGCCGAUCAACACAUUCAAAUAUAAAGGGAGCGAAGCGCCUAUCAAUAUUAUGGAUGUGCAUUUAGCAUUGAUCAAAUCACGCUCUUUAUGUCUUGGUGGAGUACGAAGUCGGCAACACGCAGAAAUGCCGGGAAAUAAUACCAAUACAUACAGCGUGCGUGUAACCAAGGCCGGUCUGUUGGAUCGCAAGUAUGAUUUGCAACAUGGCGGGAAGCGAGCUUCAGCUAGAGGUUGGCGACAAUUCGGCAUGAUCCUGAGUGGCAGUCAAAUUAUUUUCUUUGCCGACAUAUCAUCGUUUCAGUCAUGGUUUGGAAGUGAUCCAACGCCUACCGUGGCUGUCACCAGUAUGGACGAUAUGAAUGCGAAUUACACCUCGCACGCGAUGGCCACGCCUCGACGUAACAGCAGCUAUCCCAUGUUCACUCCACCCACCCACGGUCAAGGGAACCGUCCAACCACGCCUACCGAUUCUGGUCAUGCCACCACCAACAACCCCACAUACCCUUUUCGAUAUCACGCGUCUCAGGGAUCCACUUCCUCCACGCUCAGCUCCGUUGCGCCUACCAUGUCCUCCUUUUCUUCACUGACAUCCUCAGUAUCAUUCCAUCCUGCCCUCGGAAACUCGACUUUUUCUUCCGUCACUUCGCACGGCACGUCCAUCCUUCGCCCUGUACAGAUUAUUUCGCUCAACAAUGCCAUCUGCAUUUACGACGAAGCCUACACGAAAUAUCCGCACGUUUUCCGCUUGAUCACAGCCGAUAAGCAGCAGUUCCUUAUCCGAGCUGAAAGCAAAAAGGACAUGGAGGAUUGGAUGCUUAAGAUCAACUAUGCCGCUACAGUAAAAACCACCGGCGUUCGUUUCCGGCCUUCCUCAAGACAACGAAGGGCCACGCAAGGCGAGACUGAUCAUCCGAUACAGAAUAUAACGCGAGAAGAAAAAGCCAAAGCAAAGAUAUGCGAAUUGACGGAUGCAAUAACCAAAAUUACCCGUCAGCUGGAUCGGGAAAAUCAGUUGCGGGAAAAUCUGAUGGUGCUUACCCCGUAUCAAAAGUCGACCAAAGACCGUUUACUGAUGUUUGCGGAAACGGUGGGUAAACGGAUACAGGAGUACAGAGUUGGAUUGCAGCAGUAUACUUGUUAUCGAGAAUUUUUAAAUUGCGAAUUGGCAUGGUGGUCUUCAGAACACAAAGUUCGAAAGCUGUCUGCAUCAUUACCGAUUUGCGAUCGCGGGUCCAUCAUGCUUCAACCCUACAGUUCUUCUGCCAUGCUUCGUAUUUCAUCGACUUCACCGUCGGUUCCUGUACCUUCACCGGAUCACUUAUUACCGGGAAAUGAGGGCAAAGACUCGAUUCACAUUCCUCGUCGCACAUCAAGUUUGUUCAAAUUCAAUCCUUAUUCAUUUGAUGAUGAACCCUCCUCCAUCCACGACGUUCCGUGCUCCGAAAAACCGUCGGCUCCACCAGCAACACUGUCAGAACAGGAAGUGGAUCCACCAAACGCGGAACACCGACGAUUAUCUUUACCCCACGUGGCGCCACUGUCAUUCCCCAAACACUUUAUGGACAAACUCAUUGGAAGCAGUCCGGUGGAUAAGAAAUCGGCGGAUAAAGACAGUGCUCAGGAACAUGUCCGAUCAGAAACCCAUUCUCCACUGUCGCAUAGCGAUGAUGACAAAAAACUACGACCGCAGAAAAAUUCGACUACCAAAGUAGCCGAAAUGGAGAAAUCCAUACGAAGGCGUAGUAUGAGCAAUCCCAUUGUUCCGAAACAUUUGAUUCGCAUGAUGACAAGUCAAAGUGAUACGGUGAACAAGGCGAAUUUAUUGACGAUUCCAAACAUCAAACCAAACAAAACCGCGAAUCGCGAACGAAGUAGCUCGACCGCAUCUUCUAUCCGUGAUGAUGAUGACAGCGUGAUUAUUGUUAAUGAAUCCGAGGAAGAUCUCACGGAGAAAGUGCAACAGGAGUAAUCACAUUUUUACCAAGAAGCACAAAGAAAAUGCAUUUCGAGUUUGAAGAUCACGGCUGUGAACUUCAUUCUCCGAUGUGACUUGACACAAUUUUUCGCCCCACAACCCCCCAAUUGGCCCGUCAACAAAAAACUGCCUGCCUGCCGUUUUUAAAAAAUAUCCCCCAUUUCCAAUCGCCUUCAUUCUUCCACCGCCUGUAUUUUAUAGACAACCUGUCAUGUAUUGCAUGCGAUAUUUUGUCCCGCUUCUGUUGUUACCAUUUCCAGAUGCACCACCCAUCUUUGUGAUUCUAUUCCUUGUAUCAUUCUUUCUACAUCAAAAACCUUGGUAA